CCGCGCUGACGGUCGUCAAUAUUCCACGGCCAUAAACUCAUAGCUGGCCGGUGCCGGCUUCGUCGCGGUCAUGGGCAAGGGCGCGCAGCGCUCCCCGGCGCACAUGAGCGAGGCGGAGGAGAAGACGACGGCCGACGUCCUCAUCGGCGGCUACCUGUACGACGUCGCGUCUUUCAAGCACCCCGGCGGGUCCAUCGUCAAGUUUCUCACGAAUAACGGCGACGCCACGGAAGCGUUCGAGGAGUUCCACGGGCGCUCCAAGAAGGCCCAGGCGAUGCUGCGCAGCCUGCCCAAGGUCGCGGCGCCCCGCGACGUCCUCGACGCGCGCGAGGGGAACGGACGGACCGAUCUCACGCGAGGCUACGCCCGGCUGCGGGAGGAGUUCGCCCGCGAGGGCCGCUUCGACCCGAACAGGAGCGAGAUCGUCUACCGGGUCGGCGAGGUCGUGCUCAUGCACGUCGUCGGCGCCUACCUCGUCCUCGCCACCGGAUACGCGGCCGCGGGCAUCAUCCUGCUGGGCCUCGCCUCGGGCCGCUGCGGCUGGCUCAUGCACGAGGCGGGCCACUACUCGCUGACGGGCGAGAUUUCGGUCGACCGCGCCCUCCAGGAACUUAUUUACGGCGUGGGCUGCGGCAUGUCGGGCGCCUGGUGGCGCAACCAGCACAACAAGCACCACGCGACGCCCCAGAAGCUGCAGCACGACGUCGAUCUAGACACGCUGCCCUUGGUGGCCUUCCACGCCAAGAUCGCGGCGCGGGCCAGAAGCCCCCUCGUCAAGCUCUGGCUGCGGCUGCAGUGCUACCUGUUCAUCCCCGUCUCGUGCCUGCUGGUCGCCUUGGGCUGGCAACUCUACCUGCAUCCGAGGCACGCGCUGCGGACGAAGCGGAAGCGGGAGUUGGCGUGCAUGGCCCUCCGCUACGUCCUGCUCUUCGGCGUCGUGUUGAGGGGCAUGGACCACCCCGUCUGGGCGUACCUGGCGUACAACCAGGUCGCCGCGAGCUACAUCUUCACGAACUUCUCGCUGAGUCAUACCCACUUGCCGGUCACCGAGGCGGACGAGUUCGUGCACUGGGUCGAGUACGCCGCGAAGCACACCACGAACAUCUCGCCCAGUCCCCUGUGCAACUGGUGGAUGGCCAACCUGAACUUCCAGGUCGAGCACCACCUCUUCCCGGCGAUGCCCCAGUUCCAGCACAAGCACAUCUCGCCGCGCGUGCGGGCGUUCUUCGAGGCCCACGGCCUGGUGUACGACGUGCGGCCCUACUUCUCGUGCCUGCGGCAGACGCUCGCGAACCUGCACGCCGUCGGCCACUCCACGAAGGACGACUGAUGCGGCGGUUCCCUCGUCUCGUCUCUCGUCGCAGCACGGGGCCUAACGAACAGCCGGUAUAGUACCUACGCCUGUUCUCUCAGCAACUCGGAAGCGACGACGUCGAGCUGAUUCCUAGAUCCGCGUUUCCCUCCCCUUGGCUCAUGUGAAAAAGAGGAGGAUAGCUCCCCCGGCGUGCACCUCUCGGCCCAAACCCGAAUUAGCACGGGACUAUAUGAGUCUCAGAGUUUAGCU